UUUUUUAGAAAGAGAAAUCUACCAUAGUAAUCGUUUGUGAUCCGCAUGAUGGCUACGGAUAAUCGCUACUCCGCGCGACGCCAGUAUCGCUCGGUAGCUUUCGGCACAUGGAAAGUCGGUGGAGCCAGAAUGUCAAUGGAAAGGCCGAAAAUACAGCAAAAGCCCACUGACGAAACUUGCUUGAGUAUCAACUACAAUAACUACAAUACCAUACACGGAACUCCGAGGAAACACAGUGAGAACCAUUUGCGAGUGCCGAAUCAGAAACUCGGAGAAAGUAGUCCAAAUUUGUCACGACUACACCCUACUGAAACCCUCAGAUCAUUAGGCUCCCUAUCGAAUUCCACAACAAUGCCAAGUCGUCUUGGAGGAGGUGAUUGUUAUUCGAGUACAGAAUAUGUACAAUUUACCGAACGGCAGUGUGAUGAUGACGACUCUUGCAACGGAAAUACCGUAUCCGAGCCCAUUCAAGCUGCAUUCCGAGCCGACCGGUCCAAAUUACCCGCACAUCACUUGAGCAGCCGACGAAAAAAUCGUUUGGAAAAUUCGCUACAAAGAGCGCAUCAGAGGUCGCACAGUGCUGGAGCUGAUGCGAGUCUUAGCGUUGGAGUCGUGAUACCGUGUUCGUCUGACAUGCGUGCGUUGAAUUUGAGUAGCGCACGUGAUGUGACGGCAAACUCCAAUAACGCGAAGUUCCUUCGGGCUACGAAACGUUUCUUCAAGAAAAUCUACUCCACGGCUACGCUACCGAACAAAAAACCGUCUUCGCUUGAGACUGACUCUAACCCCAAACCAGCGCAAUUCUUUGAAAUUGGAUAUCGUACACCAGCAGCUUUGGCAAACGAAUCUGAUCUGUCACGACUAGAGGACUUCCGUAACUACGGACAUACCUACAUUGACACGAACUAUCCAGAUAGCGGUCUAGACAUGGAUAGAUCCUCAACCCCCGAUCAAUCAAUGGGUUCGAUGACGGUAACCUCGUCAGAUUCCCGUGUAACAUCGUCCGAUUCCAGUCGCGAAGAACGAUGCGACGAUCUCUUCGAAACUUUGAGACGAGAAAUGCAUGCGAUGCGAGCUCGCGAUGCAGCCAUUCUAGCGGAUUUGCAUCGUGUCGAAUCUCAAAUUCAAAGUGUCAAAAUGGCUCGUCUUGGGCUCUACGACGCCACUCCACAACCGGUGCCAAGUCUUCCGAUCUAAGCGUAGAAGUCGCGAAUAGUAGCAGUGUCAUUUGUUUCGUUUACUACUUACUGUUAUCAUCUCUAUAAUCGCUGUAUUUUUCUUGUUAUCAUAAUUUCUAUGUUAGAUAUGGUUGCCGUAUCAUAAAAAGGAGAUUCUUGUCUCCCUUAUGAUGGUAAGCCCACAGACUUCUACUAGUGCUGUCACAUUUGCGUCUUCUUAAAAUUCGUAGCAUAAUAAUACCCAAUUCAUCAGUAAAACUUAGCAUCCAGUAAUGUUUCCUAGCACCCACUCAAUUUUCUGUUUCCUCACGUUGUACAUUUUGAUUUGACCCUUUAAAGUGUGCGGGUUAGAAUUAUGUAUCCUGAUGAUGUUCUACUAUGAUAUCGUGCGUUAAUGAGCCCAGUUUUAUGUAUCACCUUAGAAUGUGUCAACCCAGUGUAUAUUUGAUUUGAGCGGCAGCAUGGUUCCUCCUGUCACUCACACAUUGUCACAGUCUCUUCGGCUCUUCUUCUCUGAAACAUGAGGAAGCGCUCAAACGAAUCAGAGACGAAACCAUGUGCAGGGCCAUACAACUGUAAUUUUUUUUAUUCAUUUAUCCGAUUUCAGUAUGUGUUUUUUACUACUUAAAGACAGCAAUAAACUCUUAGUAAAA